UAUCUGAGCAAGUCUCUCUUCAGACAGAGAGCUGGUUUAUUACUGCGCAAGCUCUUUCUCGCUCUGUAGUUCAUUAACAAGCAGGUGUCUCAGAGAGCACAAACAACUCGCUGUGACUGUCAACGUUUUUUUUACGGCGUGUUUUUUUCCUUUUGUUUUGUCUUUUGUCCUUGGACUAGGCUAAUAUUCGAUGAUAAACCUGACACAGAGUGGACUAAACUGGCAUUAGGUUGUAGAUGUUUUUUUGGCUGAAUUUUUUUGCUCAUUUUUAAAUCUUUUAUUCAGCCCCUUAUGCUAUUAACCCUCAAAAGACUUAUAUCUAGGCCUGUUUCCUACAAAUAUGACACUGUGCUAAAUCCUGUGAAGACAGUUUGGGGACAUUCGAGUUAAUUUAGACUUUUUUUUAAGAAAGGAGUGGAUCAUUUAUUUUUUCAACGCAAUCGUGUUGUAACAGCUGGUAAUGAAUAAUGCGUUACUGGCUUUUUGUGUGCUUGUUGUGGACUCUUCCGAGUCGUCACUUAAUGAUCCAGUCUUGCCUAAACAGUAUGUACCUGAUGAAUGUGGUGUUGCUGCAGGACGGCAUGUCCCCCUGGAGUAUGAACUUCGUUCAACCAGCGGUGAUGAAAGCGAUUGAAUUCGAUGCAGAGAUCAACUACAAAUACAAUGUGACUCGCAAUCUGACUGCCACCUACAAUGGGUUCCAAACUGUUUAUUACCGACAUAAAGGCUGUAGCAGCAGCACCUGUGGGGGUGUAGAGAUUCUGAUAGACCUUAAGACCUCAGGAACGGUUGGCUGUGUUCUGCUGGGACCAUCCUGUACCUAUGCAACCUUCCAACUGGUGGAUCUUGAUGUUGGUCUAGAACUCAAUAUGCCAAUCAUCUCAGCGGGGAGUUUUGGCCUGUCCUGUGACUACAAGGCUAACCUGACGCGCCUACUGCCUCCAGCUCGCAAGGUCUCCAACUUCUUUAUCAACUUCUGGAAAGUCUCUGACAGUAUUAAGCAUUCAUGGAAUAAGACAUACAUCUACAAAAAAAACAAUAACACAGAGGAUUGCUUUUGGUACAUGAAUGCCCUUGAGGUUGACUCAGGCUCCUUUGCUUCCAGUGUUGAGAAAAGAGUGGUGCUCCGAAAAGAAGAAGAGUUCAGUGCUGCAUUAAAAAAUGAUAGAGAAAGUAACUUGUUUAUUUUAUGCGGAACUCCUGAUGACAUUAUGGAAUUGAAGAAUGGCUCUCUGGACGCUGAUGCUCAAAUUGCCUUUAUUCUCAUUGAUCUGUACAAUGACAGAUAUUACCUUGAACCAUCCAAUGAUGCUAUGAAGAAUGUCUUGGUUCUGACAAUGCCCAAUACGAGGAAUUACACCAUAAGCAAUAACACGAUGAAUGAUUAUAUCGCCGCAUAUCAUGAUGCGGUGCUGUUGUUCGGGCGGGUGAUGAGGGAAAUUUGGCAGAUUCCUGUCUUGGAUGUAGAUGGUGUCAACGUUAAAUAUUUCAGAAAUGAGUCAUUUAAAGGUAUUGCAGGAGAUUAUAGGUUAGAUGAGCAUGGGGACAGAGAUGUGGUGUUUUCACUGAUUUACACCAACACCAACAAUGAGUACAAAGUUCUGUAUGAGUUUGACACCAGCAAUAAUAAAACAACACUGGUAGACAUCAAUCCUUCAUUCAUCUGGCCUCGAAAGCAACUUCCUGAAGAUCGGCCUCAUGCUGAUAACAGAGGUCUGAGUGUGCAGAAUAUCAUUGUCAUAUCACUGGGCUCGCUGGUAUUGGUAGUGAUAGCCACAGUUGCGUUUGUCUUUUACUGGCAGAACAGGUCAUAUCGCCGUAAACAGAAGCGAUGGUCCCACAUCCCUGUAGAGCUCAUUACCCCUUUAGAGUCCAGUGAGAGAAAUAUGGUGUCUCUAAAGAUUGAUGAGGAUGCCUGGAAGGAUACGAGUCAGAAGAUUCGCCGGGCACGCUAUGAUAAAAAGAUUGUAAUCCUUAAAGAGCUGAAGCACUCUGAUGGCUACUUCAGUGAAAGACAGAGAAUAGCACUUAAUGCACUAUUACAAAUCGAUUAUUACAACCUAAUAAAAUUCUACGGUACAGUAAAGAUUGAGAAUGAGGUUCUUGGAGUGUUUGAGUAUGGAGAGCGAGGAUCUCUGAGGUACGUACUUAAUGAUAGGAUUUCAUACCCAGAGGAGACCUUCAUGGACUGGGAGUUCAAAAUCUCUGUCAUGUAUGACAUUGCAAAGGGCAUGUCCUAUCUUCACUCAAGCAACAUUGAAGUCCAUGGCCAUCUGAAGUCCACCAACUGUGUCAUUGAUAAUCGUAUGGUAGUGAAAAUUACUGGCUUUGGUUUUAAUACUAUCCUCAGUCCAGACAGAGAUCUGUGGACUGCUCCAGAGCACUUACGAAAGGAGGGCAUUUCUCAGAAGGGAGAUGUUUAUAGUUUUGCCAUAAUUGCACAGGAAAUCAUGCUGAGAAAGUGCAUAUUCUACACCAAGGCUUGUUCCGACAAAGCUGAAAAGUUGGACCGUGUGCAGUAUCCCCGAACGCUUUGUUUUUUCAGGCCUGACCUAAAUUAUGAAACUGCAAGUGAAAAAGAAUUGGAGGUGUACUUGCUUAUCAAAUCCUGUUGGGAUGAAGACCCGGAGAAAAGACCAGAUUUCAAAAAGAUUGAAAGCACUUUAGGAAAGAUUGUCAGUCUACACAACCAGGCCAAUGAGAGUUACAUGGGGAAUCUGAUUCGGCGGCUACAGAUGUAUUCCCGUAACCUAGAGCACCUGGUGGAAGAGCGCACAGCUCUGUACAAGGCAGAGAGAGAUAGAGCGGACAAUCUCAACUUCAUGCUUCUUCCAGGGCCAGUUGUACGCUCUCUGAAGGAGACUGGCAUUGUGGAGCCUGAGCUGUUUGAUGAGGUCACUAUCUACUUUAGUGAUAUUGUGGGUUUCACCACCCUUUGCCACUACAGCACACCCAUGGAGGUGGUGGACAUGCUCAAUGACAUUUACAAAAACUUCGACAGCAUCCUCGACCAUCAUGAUGUCUACAAGGUAGAGACAAUUGGCGAUGCGUACAUGGUGGUGUCUGGUCUCCCACGGCGGAAUGGAGACAGACAUGUGAUGGAUAUUUGCCAUAUGGCGCUGGACAUCCUUUCCUUCAUGGGCACUUUUGAGUUGCGCCACCUACCUGGCUUGCCUGUAUGGAUCCGUAUAGGGGUGCACUCAGGCCCUUGUGCUGCAGGUGUCGUGGGGCUGAAGAUGCCCAGAUACUGUCUGUUUGGAGACACAGUGAACACUGCCUCUCGCAUGGAGUCUACAGGAUUACCCUUGAGAAUCCAUGUAAGUCAGUCAACAAUCAACGUUAUCGAGCGGGCUGACUGCAAGUUUGAAUAUAUGAAGCGUGGAGAGACAUAUUUAAAGGGUAAAGGCAAAGAGACUACAUACUGGUUAACAGGAGCUACUGGACAAAACUACAACCUGCCUAUACCCCCAACAGCUGAAAACUUCCAGCGUCUGCAGCAACACCUGGCGGAGAUGAUAAAGAGUUGUCUGGAGCAGAGGUCUCCAGGUCUUGAGAAGAGAAAGACACUUUCAGCACGUCAAAGGAAGCUCAGAGGUCACUCAGAGCUGAUUGACAGUGAGCAGCCUGAAUACUUUCACCUUGCUACUGUAGACAACCUUAGUACAUACCUGUAACCUAUGAAAUGUUUGUUCUAUGUUCAUGUGCAGAAUAUUGUAAAUAAUCUAUAUUUAACUAUCAAUAACUAUUGUUUUGCCUUUUUAUGUAGUAUUCUUUUUGAAGCCUUUUGAAAUGUUUAGAUACUUUUCUUAGUUUAUAGUAAAUGCAUGUUUUCCACUUAUAAGUGUGAACUUCUGUGAAAAUUAAUUUUUAAGCCUUUUUUUUUUUAAAUUUAGCAGCUGUUGUGUAUCUUUUGGCUGCAACCCAUUUUAAAGAGAGGUAGCUAUUAAAUUGUACUUUACUACUGUUCAUUACAAGUUCAUUAUACUACGUUUUCAUCAGGCCACAUCACAGCAUUGUCAAUAAGAAAAACAACUACACUCAAAGCACUUUUUUUUUAUAAAGAACACAUUUAUUUGAAUUUUCCAUUUGCUACUCCCACAUCAAUUCAUCAACUAACCUGAUCAAUCUGUAUGCUUAAGAAAAUGGUCUUGAAUAAUGCACUGAUCAAACUAUAUGAUAUUUAUGAUGUAUGUUGGGAAAAAAUAACCUCUACAAAUCUUUAGCAUGUCACCUAUUGGAAAACUGCUAAUAUAUGCAACUGCACACAUUUUUAAGCUAGACAAAUGAAAGGAAAAUUGCUGGCAUGGUUUAUGUUCACUUGUUCCCUUAGAGAGAAGUGUCACUUCAAAUCACUACAAAGUUAUUCUGACUGAUCAUCUUUAAACAUUUCUAUCCUGAUGAGUGUGGCCUCUAUCAGGAUAACCCCAUCCACAAGGCAUGAGGUCUUACUAAAAAACAGUAUAUGACAGUUUGUGGACACCUAAUCAUCACACCAAUGUGUACUUCUUGAAAACCCCUUGCCAUUCCAGAUUUUGGAGCGUGACUGUGGGGA